UUAAUUAAUUGUUUUUCAACUCCAUGCUCUUCACCUUUUCCACCAACUUGUUGAUGCCAUUGAUAACUCCAAUUCUGUCUCUGUUUCCUCUCCAACAGCAGUUCCUGAAACCUAUCAGUUUCAUAUGCUGAUCCAAAGUCAAACGUUUACACUCGGUGAUUCCUGCAACCUCCAUCUCCUAUCUUCCAGUUUAAGACGGAGAAAAGAAAAGAUUUGACUGCCUCGUAAGCUUUUCUGGCUUUCUCUCCAUGUUGAGCGAAUGACCAAUCGCCGAACACCAAUCUGUUUCCUCCAAAAUUUGACUUUUGGGAGCAAUAUCGGAGACAAGGGGGAGCGAAAGAAUCAAUUUUUGCUCGAAAGGCGAGACGAGAAUGACGCUGGGAGGCGAGGAGCUUGUCAAGGUUGAAUCUUGCGUAAGGUUUGCGCUCCUGUAACGCUAGUCUAUUUCUUUCCCUCUCAUAAUGACGGAGAAAUGGCGAGGCCGCUCCAAUCUCCAGAGUUUCCUCGACUCCACCACUCCUUCGAUGCCGUCCCACAAACUCCCCAAGUCAUGGUGUCGAGACCUGAACAAUCUUUGGCAAAUGGUCGGAAAGGACAGUGUCGAGUUCUUCAACCUUGGAGACUUAUGGGAGCAGUACUGUGAAUGGAGUGCUUAUGGCGCCGGCGUCCCGGUCUGCCUACAAAGUGAGGAGAUGGUUGUGCAAUAUUAUGUGCCAUACCUAUCUAGUGUUCAGAUUUACACUAACAAAGCUCCUGCGGGUGCCAGGGAUGUUAAGCAGAAUGGUGGGAAUAAUACUGUUAGUUGGAAUGGUGAGCAAGUUGGACACUUAUACUUAGAGUUUUCUGAAAGUACUUCCCCUUAUGGAAGAGUUCCUCUUCUAGACAAGGUACUCGAGUUGUCUCAUUCACACCCAGGUUUGUUUUCUUUCAAGAGUACAGAACUCUCACCAGCCAGUUGGAUGUCUGUAGCCUGGUAUCCUAUUUAUCAUAUCCCAACAAGACGUAGCGUGAAGGAGUUGUCUGUGUGUUUCUUGACUUAUCAUACCUUGUCCUCUUUCUUUCAAGAUGAGGUUCAUGGAAGCAUAACUGAUUUGAAUUUUAUCCAAUCUGGGAAGAAUGAAUUCAGAUCUAAGGAAAAGUGCAGCCGCAUCUAUCUUCCUCCAUUUGGAUUGGCAACUUACAAGCUUCAGGGGAACCUUUGGACAAUGCCAGAAUCAGGAGACCAGGAAAGAAUCACCUCUCUAUUUACUGCUGCAGAUUCAUGGCUGAAGAAGCUCAAAGUCCAACACCAUGACUUCACUUACUUUACCACACACUUUCUUUGAGCAUAUAGAAUUAGUGAAAGGAAUCUAUUAGAUUAUAAUUGAGUGUUUGAAUUACAGGAAACAGAAAAUUCUAGACUAGAUAUGUUUAUAGAUUUUCUCCAUUGCAUCUAUUCUGAACUAAAUCUUAAAGUAGUUUCUGAAGUAGAGGCUCAUUUAUUCUUUUCAACAGAUGUGGUUCUUUGGGACCAA